ACCAUAAUCUAGACCAAAUCAAGAGAAUUAUAUCAUUAUAUAAUUUAUUUUGCUAACACAAUAUAUAUAAAACUAAAACUUCCACAAGUCUUCAUCCCUUACCCUUUUAUAUUCUUGUCACUCUUUCUCUCUAAAUGAAGUUCCAAGCUAUGGAACUUCUCUUUGGUAAAAACACACCAAAACAAAUGAUUCCAAAAGUAACAUUACUAGCAAUUUUUGCAAUACUUGUCUUCACUGUCACACCACUUUCCUACCCUUUAUUUAGAAAUCCUUCAUCCUUGAAAAACAUUAAAAAAACCAAUCAACCAUCCACUGCAUUUGAUGAUUUAAAUGAAUCAGCAAGUUUGCCUUCAACUUCUAUAAAAAAGUGUGACAUUUUCACAGGUGAGUGGGUUCCAAAUCCAAAAGGACCAUAUUACACAAAUAAAACAUGUUGGGCAAUUCAUGAACACCAAAAUUGUAUGAAGUAUGGAAGACCAGAUUCUGAUUACUUGAAAUGGAAGUGGAAACCUAAUGGUUGUGAGCUUCCUAUAUUCAAUCCUUUUCAAUUUCUUGAAAUUGUGAGGGGAAAAUCUAUGGCUUUUGUUGGAGACUCAGUUGGUAGAAAUCAGAUGCAGUCCAUGAUUUGCCUACUAUCAAGGGUGGAAUGGCCCGUAGUUGUAUCACACUCACAAAAUGAUUAUUUCAUGAGGUGGCACUACCCAACCUACAAUUUCACAAUGGCCUCUUUUUGGACACCCCAUUUGGUAAGAUCAAAAGAAUCAGAUUUAAAAGGUCCAGGUUCAACUGGACUCUUCGAUCUUUACAUUGAUGAGCCAGAUGAAAAUUGGAUAACUCAAAUUGAAGAUUUUAACUAUGUUAUUCUCAAUGGAGGACAUUGGUUUACAAGAUCAAUGGUAUUCUAUGAGAAACAAAAAAUUGUUGGAUGUCAUUAUUGUCUCUUAGAAAAUGUCCCUGAUUUAACCAUGUACCAUGGUUAUAGAAGAGCAUUUAGGACUGCAUUUAAAGCCAUAAAUAAUUUACAGAAUUUUAAGGGCAUAACAUUUCUUAGGACAUUUUCACCCUCACAUUUUGAAAAUGGGUUAUGGAAUCAAGGUGGGAAUUGUGUUAGAACUAAGCCAUUUAGAAGCAAUGAAACACAAUUAGAGGGAUUUAAUUUAGAGUUUUAUAUGAUUCAAUUGGAAGAGUUCAAAAUUGCUGAAAAGGAAGCAAGAAAAAAGGGAUUGAAAUUUAGGUUAUAUGAUACAACACAAGCAACAAUGUUGAGGCCAGAUGGGCACCCUAGUAAAUAUGGACAUUGGCCUAAUGAGAAUGUGACAUUGUAUAAUGAUUGUGUGCAUUGGUGCUUGCCUGGACCUAUUGACACAUGGAGUGAUUUCUUGUUAGAUAUGUUGAAGAUGGAGGGUGUGAGAUCAGCAGAAGAAAGAAGACUUCAUUUGCACACAAAUUGACAAAUGAAAUAAUUUUUAUAUACAUUUAUCAAUUAUCGAUUUUAUAUGUAUUAUGGCUUGUAAUUUUUAUUUUUUACUAUAUUAUUGGUGUGAUGUUUUCACCGCCGUUCAACCGUAAGUAAUCUUUGUUAAAGAACUUACGUGACACAUAAGGUAGAUUUUUUCCUCCAACUGAAUUUUCAUCUGACUUGUAAUUUUAAGCUAUGAUGAUGUGCACAUGUAUUGUAAAUCAUUUUUCUCUUUAA